UUAGAUUGGCGGUCUAUUAUUGUCUUUUGCAUGCCUCGUACUAAAGGGAAACGUCGUCGUAAUGGUCAGGCGACAAAUCAACAUGCCAAGUCAUCCGAUGAGUCUAACGAGUCAGGCUCGAAGAAACAACGAGGGACACAUUCUUCUGAUGACACUCGUAGCGGUUUGGUGUUAACGUUAGGUGAGGGAGAUGUAGGUCAGUUAGGCUUGGGAGAGGAGAUUAUGGAAAGGAAGCGGCCGGCGAUCGUUCCAUCUAUUGCAGAUAGAUCUGUAGUUCAGGUCGUAUGUGGUGGCAUGCACACGGUCGCUCUUACGACCGACGGUAAGGUCUACUCGUGGGGAUGUAACGAUGAAGGUGCAUUGGGACGACGGACAUCCGGGAUGCACCAGGAGUCAGUACCCGGAUUAGUCUCAUUUCCUGAACACGUAGUACAAGUGAGUGCUGGAGAUAGCCACACUGUUGCUCUUACCGACGAUGGAAAGGUUUUCUGUUGGGGAAGUUUUAGAGAUGCGAAUGGACCGAUAGGUUUGACUCCCGAUCAAAAGAAAUUAGAAAUUCCGAUAAAAAUUAUUGAUAACACAUCGAGCUAUGGCCGUGCUGUCGGCAUUAGUUCAGGCAAUGAUCACGUGGCAGUGGUAACAAGCCGUGGUAUUCUUCUAUCGUGGGGUGUAGCAGAGCAAGGACAACUGGGAAGAAUUGCCGAAUGUCUAUCAGUCCGAGGAGGAAGGAGAGGAUUAGCAGCAAUCCUCAAUCCCGGAGUUGUCCGCUUUACAAGACGUCAUGGUCGUUGUCCUUUUAUAACCAAUGUAUUUUGUGUGAGCUACCACACGUUUGCCAUUAGUAGCAAUGAUGAAGUAUUUGCUUGGGGUUUGAAUAACUACGGCCAACUUGGUCUGGGAGAUACCACAAAACACUUCAUGCCUGGUCACAUGACUGACCUUCCGAGUCACAACGGCAAGAAAGUCAGUCUCGUUCAAUUUACAGGCGGUCAGCAUCAUUCGAUUGCGCUUGGAUCAAAUGGACGAGUCUAUGUCAUGGGUCGAACAGACUAUGGUCGCUUAGGACUAGGAGAGGGGGUUGAGGAACCACACAUACCUGUAGAGAUACCAGAAUUCCAGAAUGUUAAAGUUGUUGCAGGUGGAGGAGCAGUAUCACUAGCCGUGACAAACGAGGGUGUUGCAUAUGCGUGGGGAAUGGGCACCAACUACCAACUAGCCGCUGAUGAAGACAAUGACGUUCAUUCUCCAGAUAGAAUGAGAGGGAAGAACUUGGAAGGCAAGAAAGUCAUUUCAAUAUCAGCUGGUGGUCAACACACUGCAUUAUUAGUGUGUCAAAAGGAUUAGGACAGAAUUGUCUUGAUGUGCAUGUGUGUGAGUGUGAGUGUGUGUUCUUACAGUCAGUGUCAUACAUGUAUGUUCCAUAUGGGUUUAAUGAAUGUAUAUACGCUGCAUUUACUGUUUUGAGUGUACAUUCCGUGCAAUGGAUAUUGCUUUGGGUUUUGAAGGAAGUCGGAAGAGCUAGAUUGACAACAUUCUAUGAUAAUAGAGUACAAUAGU